AUGAAACCUCCCAUGGCUGAAACUCUCCAGAAAGGAAGGAUGCUGUGGAUAAUUCUUUUAAGCACAAUUGCCCUAGGAUGGACUACACCCAUUCCCCUGAUAGAGGACUCAGAGGAAAUAGAUGAACCGUGCUUUGAUCCAUGUUACUGUGAAGUGAAAGAAAGUAUUUUCCAUAUCCAUUGUGACAGUAAAGGAUUUACAAAUAUUAGUCAAAUUAAUGAGUUCUGGUCCCGACCUUUUAAACUCUACCUGCAGAGGAAUUCCAUGAGGAAAUUGUACACGAACAGUUUUGUUCAUUUAAACAACGCUGUGUCUAUUAACCUUGGGAACAAUGCUUUGCAGGACAUCCAGACCGGGGCCUUCAAUGGCCUCAAGGUUUUAAAGAGGCUGUAUCUACAUGAGAAUAAACUGGACAUCUUCAGAAAUGACACUUUCCUCGGUUUGGAAAGUCUAGAAUAUCUGCAGGCAGAUUACAAUGUCAUUAAACGGAUUGAGAGUGGGGCCUUUCGGAACCUGAGCAAAUUGAGGGUUCUAAUUCUGAAUGACAACCUCAUCCCCAUGCUUCCUACCAAUUUAUUUAAGGCUGUCUCUUUGACUCAUUUGGACCUUAGGGGAAAUCGGUUAAAGGUCCUUUCUUAUCGAGGAAUGCUGGACCAUAUUGGUAGGAGUUUGAUGGAGAUCCAGCUAGAGGAAAACCCCUGGAAUUGUACCUGUGAAAUUGUCCAAUUAAAGAGCUGGCUUGAACGAAUACCGUAUACAGCCCUGGUUGGAGAUAUUACAUGUGAGACCCCUUUCCACUUUCAUGGUAAGGACUUGAGGGAAAUCAAGAAGACUGAACUUUGUCCCCUGCUGUCUGAUUCGGAGGUGGAGGCCAGUUUGGGGAUUCCCCAGUUGUCAUCCAGCAAGGAGAAUGCGUGGCCUACCAAACCCUCCUCCAUGUUGUCCUCUGUCCAUUUCACUGCGUCUUCUGUGGAAUACAAGGCUUCCAACAAACAGCCCAAACCCACCAAGCAGCCCAGGACACCUAAACCACCCCCAACAUCCAGAGGCCUGUACCCUGGGCCAAACCAACCCCCUAUUGCUGCUUAUCAGACCAGACCCCCAAUUCCCAUCAUCUGCCCUACCGGGUGUAUCUGCAGCUUGCACAUUAAUGAUCUGGGCUUGACAGUAAACUGCAAAGAGCGGGGGUUCAAUAACAUCUCUGAACUUCUUCCACGGCCGCUGAAUGCCAAGAAACUGUACCUGAGCAGUAACCUGAUUCAGAAGAUCUACCGCUCAGAUUUUUGGAAUUUCUCAUCUUUGGAUCUCUUGCACCUGGGGAACAAUCGGAUAUCUUACGUUCAGGACGGGGCCUUCAUCAACCUGCCCAACCUGAAGAGUCUCUUCCUCAAUGGAAAUGACAUCGAGCGGCUAACUCCCGGCAUGUUCCGAGGCCUCCAGAGCCUGCACUAUCUCUACUUCGAGUUCAAUGUCAUCCGCGAGAUCCAGCCGGCAGCCUUCAGCCUCAUGCCCAACCUGAAACUGCUCUUUCUCAACAAUAACCUGCUGAGGACGCUGCCCACCGACGCCUUCGCUGGCACUUCCUUGGCCCGCCUGAACCUGCGCAAGAAUUACUUCCUCUACCUUCCAGUGGCCGGCGUCCUGGAGCACCUGAACGCCAUUGUGCAGAUCGACCUCAACGAGAACCCCUGGGACUGCACCUGCGACCUGGUCCCCCUCAAGCAGUGGAUCGAGACCAUCAGCUCUGUGAGCGUGGUAGGAGACGUGCUCUGCGGCAGCCCGGAGAACCUCACCCACCGGGACGUGCGCACCGUGGAGCUGGAAGUGUUGUGCCCAGAGAUGGUGCACCUGGCGCCCGCUGGGGCCUCCCCCGCCGUGCCUGCUGAGGUCCACCCUGCCGGGGGCCCCACCGGCGCCUCGCCCUAUGAGUUCGCCCCCCCGGGGGGCGCCGUGCCCCUCUCCGUGCUGAUUCUCAGCCUGCUCGUCCUCUUCUUCUCGGCGGUCUUCAUUGCUGCGGGGCUUUUCGCCUUCGUGCUGAGGAGGCGUCGGAAGAAGCUGCCAUUCCGCAAACGCCAGGAGGGCGUGGACUUGACCGGGAUACAGAUGCAGUGCCACCGCCUUUUUGAGGAUGGCGGAGGGGGUGGAGGCAGUGGAGGGGGUGGCGGGGGUGGGGGGCGACCCAGCCACCCCUCCCCGGAAAAAGCGCCCCCCGUGGGUCACGUCUACGACUACAUCCCCCACCCCGUGACCCAAAUGUGUAACAACCCCAUUUACAAGCCCCGAGAAGAAGAGGAGGCCUCCACCGUGGUGGCAGGCCCGGAGUCUGGGGGUCCUGAAAGGGGGGGUCCAGGGACACAGCCCCCAGGAGUGGGCGAGCUCCUGGGCGGGGAGCAAUUCCCUGAGACAGCCAAGGAGAAUAACAGUAACUACCGGACCUUGCUGGAGAAGGAGAAGGAGUGGACCCUGGCAGUGUCCAGCUCCCAACUCAACACCAUAGUGACCAUGAAUCACCCUCACCCCCACCCCCACCCUCACCACCCAGCCGGAAGUGGGGUGGCGGGGGUUGUGGGAGGCACUGGGGGAGACUUGGCCGGGUUCCGGCACCACGAAAAGAAUGGAGGGGUGGUGCUUUUUCCCCCGGGGGGAGGCUGUGGUCCCGGCAGCAUUCUGCUCGAUCGAGAGAGACCCCAGCCGACCCCUUGUACGGUGGGCUUCGUGGACUGUCUCUAUGGCACAGUGCCCAAGUUAAAGGAGCUGCACGUGCACCCUCCUGGCAUGCAAUAUCCAGACUUACAGCAGGACGCCAGACUCAAAGAAAGCCUUCUGUUCUCGGCUGGAAAGGGCUUCACAGACCCCCAAACCCAAAAAAGCGAAUACCUCGAGUUAAGGGCCAAACUCCAAACCAAGCCGGAUUACCUCGAAGUCCUGGAGAAGACAACCUAUAGGUUCUAA